GUCGACUGAAGGCGUUUACCUAUUGGUCGGCAAAGUUAUGAAAUUUUUGCAUUUAAUGAAAAUUUUGGAAAUUCUUCACCCGUUAAUGGGAUACACAUCUGGAAGCGCUUUAAUGCCUUCCAUUCAACUGUUCGGUCGAGUCUUUUUGAUCUUCUUUAUGGUUGAUUCUGAGCCAAAAAUUCACGCAAAUCCAUGGGUUAUAUACCUGUUCUUUGUGUACACCAUCUCUGAAAUGAUUCGAUAUCCGUAUUAUAUGCUUCAUGUGUUUAAUGUGAACAUUGGAUUUCUAACAACCAUUCGCUACACGGCUUGGAUUCUGCUCUACCCCUUGGGUUUCCUCUGCGAAGGUGUCAUUUUGUAUAAUAACAUCACUUAUUUGGAAGAAAGUAAACGAUUCUCUAUUGGUUUGCCAAACGAUCUCAACUUUUCACUUCAUAUGCCAACUAUUAUUAGACUUUACUUGUUGUUCGGCUUUUUCCCCGCGCUAUAUUUUAUGAUGAAUCACAUGAAUAGGCAGAGGAUUAAAGUGUUUAACACGAAUCGGUCUAAAAGUAAAGUUCAUUAAGACAUGUGAACAGACGAUCAAAACGUGGAC